CAGCAGCAGCAGCAGCAGCAGCAGCAGUAGCAGCUCCUCGUGAUCAAGACCCGAGUCCAAGUCUAAAACUAGCUCUAGUAGCAUCAGAGUCAACAGAUUCAAGCUUGUUUCCACCUGCACGAUUGACACCACCACUCCGUGCUUUGGUCAACGAGCAAUUGUCCCGCGCCACCGGUCGAGAGCCCGACCUCAAGCCCCGAAUCGCCUUGUCGACGAAACCUCAUCCGAUCGGUCCCCGACCUCUUGGAUCGCACCCUGUGGUCGUCGACCGCAGCUCCCCAAUCCUCAGCGUUGAGGCUUUGGCGUACGAAAGAUAUCUCGCCGGCCUGAACGAAUUUUCUUGGCCGCCAGCAGACCAGACAGGAUCCCCAUUGAUUGAUCGCUCCUGGAAAACCCCGCCGUCCUCCGACUGGCCCCUCAAGGAGGAAGGCAUUCGAUCGGCUCGCGCCGUGCGUCUACGACGACCCAAGGCUAUUCAAGUCACCGCCACCUCGGGACCGGCGCGAAAGGAGGCCUUGGUAGUGCCAUACACCGCCCCUAGCGUGCGAGCCCUGCCCUCGGCUCCGCCUCUGCCGCCGCCGCACAAAGAGUCGCUGUCGCAACCCCCGUGGCCGUCGCCCUAUCUCGACCAGAACCGCAAUUACGUCCUACCGGACAAGGGCCGCCCGCGCUCGUCAAACGUAGUGGACCCGGAUCAGGCGCCGCCUCCGCUCGAAAUCAUGAACGGCAUGAACGGCGCCAACAUGGGCGUCGGCAUGGUCGGCCCCACACCGGCCGGGCACCAGCAAGAGCUCAGCCACAUAUACGGCAUGGUCGACGACCUGAGCAGUCAGCUGGCGGAGAACAGGAGGGUGCUGGAGGAGGUUGUAUCGUUGGUCGGCAGGAUCAGAGCGCGUGCCAGACAUCAGAACCUGUCGAAUCAGGAAAUAAUCGCCGGCGCUGACGACCCGAGCACAACGGAAAACCUUGACCGCCUCAUCUCAAUCCUCUCAGAAACGCUCGAAAAGGCGCUGCACGAGCGGGACGCCAACUCUGAACUCCUGCAGCAGUACGCAAACGUCAUGGCCAACAUGGUACGGCAGGCGCACGACCACAAAUCACGCACCGUGACGGACGUGUCGGCGUGGCACCGGUCGUACCGGCAGCAGCUGGCCGAGGCGCGCGAGGAGAACUCUCGACUGCGCGAGCAGAUCUGGGACGUCCAGGAGCGGGCGGGACGGCUCAACGAGUCGGUGCGGCAGUUCCGCACGAGCUACGACGCGGAGCCGUCGAGGUACGAGGCGCGCGUGGAGAACAUUGCCCUCCGGCAAGAAGUCCGGUUCUGGAAGCGCAUGGCCAUGCCCGACGUGCCCGACGACGACCCCAUGUGGAGCGACGAUGACGACCUCAUCGACACCGCCGAGACGGCCAGGCUGGCCGAGGUGGAGCGCGCCGCCGCCGCCAUGGCUGCCAGCCAACACCUGGCCGCCCAGGAGGAGGAGGAGAACCAGCUCAAGGAGGACGAGAGGCGGGCGGCGCUCGAGGCCGCGGGGGUUUCCUCGGGUGGCAGCCUCGACAGCACCAGCGACGUGGCCUCGCAGGGUGCGCAAGGCGGUGGUCCCGGCGCGCGGAGUGUUCUCAUGCAGAGAGAAGGCGAGGCGUCCUAGUCUCAACGUCGGCCUGGAAACUCGUGUAUUGCGAUGUAGCAUUUGUUACGAUGCAUUUUUCUCUUCUUUUCCAAAGCUAUUCAGUCCAAAAAUUCACCACGGCCAGGUCAGAGAGACUCUGGUUUAAUACUGUCAUGAUACAUAACUUGGAGUCAAAAAUCAAGCAGUGAGGCUUUUAUUCAAGCCUUUCCUCCAACCGGGUGGUAUUAUAUCCCUUCCUGGGCUCUACGGAGAUAAUAUUUGUCUAAUCCGCGUCACUGGAGCCUACAAAGGACAGCAGGCAGCGAAGCUGAUCUGGGGUCUUGACCGUCAAAUGUGUUGAUUGAAAUGGUUCUGAUGACCAUUUUCCUAGUAUCAGCAGCUGCUUUCUCUUUGGCCUCGCCAAGGCCCCAAUUGUUGACUGUAUGGAUGACAAGCUAGCCACCAGCGCCACAAACUUUAAGAGUUAUCCCGAAAACUAGCACCGGUCUGGCCAGACUCUAAUCGCAAACUAAGGGGCUAGCAAAGCCCUCAAAUACCUUAUUUGUGCCCCCCAACAGCGCGGACGAAAUUUUCAGACUGAAUGCGAAAAAAAAAGCUCAACCCGCCCUUUUUUUUUUCUUCCAUUUCUGUCCACCGAUAUCUAAGCCAGCCACAGCAUCCAUCAUGCUAUCCUAUACAGGGAUGCCUCCUUGGUCUUCAAGGGCUACCCAUCCCCCCCCCCCCCCACAGCCAUGCGGGAUGACUUUUAUCUCCAUGGAACGGUGUCCCAGGGAUGGAAUCGGGCCGGGGCUUGCAGGUGGGAUCGAGCCACGCGGGCACAGCCCUUUCGAGAGGCGGGAAUCUGCAGCGGCUAAAAAGAAACAAGGUGUCGGGGGAAAGCGAGACGCGGCAAGGGGCUCGAAACUAUGGGCCCCCCACUGAGGGAAAGACAGCCAACCGGUUAAAGUGGCCGGGAUGAAAAGGGGCUGCAUGCUAUGAUUCCAUGUGCUUUUCAACUCUCGUAUUUUGCCCGUCAUGCAGUAAAUUUCUUGCACGUACAAAACAGAAUGGCAUCAUCGGGUGUGCUUUAGUUCCACCCCGCGAGUCUGCUGUUUUUCACGAGCAUGAGCCAGAGAUUACAUGUGUAAUGCCCAAAGGAGAACUGUAGAUCAUGUCGCUAAUUCUUUUAUAUUGGAGAGGAGCAACUCUCGGUGAGAAUCCCGAUACUGGUGUUUUCUUGGGGGGUUUUUUUUUCUGUUAUGAUCUGUUAUAUAGAUAGACCAGAGAUUUGAGUCAUAAACUUGUGGAAAAACAGUUUUGGCAUACAUAAUCAUAGAACAGAGGAAGUAGAAACAAAGCAUGCUUUUGGACGUUUUUAAACGGGC